GUCACGGAUCGUCUCUCUCACUCCAAGAACAGUACUCGAAAUUUGGUACUUCCAUCUUCAAUUAUGCGUUUACGUGAAGUUUGUACAUGGUAGCUGCAUCGCAUCUCUUUUUAGUUCCCAAUCUCUCGUUGAUUAUGCCUUCCUCUCCAAGAUACACUAACAACGCUUGCACCAGUCGUUUGAUUAUGUUGCCAAUUGAUUUUUUUUCUUCUGGAGUGAAACCCUAAUUCAUCCAUAGGAGGGAGGGCAUUAGGGGAGUGACUGCUUUUUCAAUCCAAUUCCGUUCUUUAGAUUCGAUUAUUCACUUUUCAGAUGGGAGACCUAAGAGAGCGCCUACUGCCAAAUUCGGCAUCAGCAGUGGACCUUGGAGAUGCGUCUUAUGGACCAUCUGCAUCUUCGAGGCAGCCUUUUCAAGGAUUUGUUGAUGUUCUAGGCCUGAAAAAGCGCGGUCAAGGUCUUCGGUCAUGGAUUCGUGUUGAUGCUGCAACUGGAGAUUCACAAAAUAUUGAGGCUGAUAAGUUCACUGUAAUGCGACGUUGUGAUCUUCCUGCCCGUGAUCUUCGCUUACUUGAUCCUUUAUUUGUUUAUCCCUCAACAAUUCUGGGCAGAGAGAAGGCCAUCGUUGUAAACUUGGAGCAGAUCCGUUGCAUCAUAACUGCUGAUGAAGUGUUACUUCUAAAUUCUAUUGAUAGCUAUGUAUUGCAGUAUGUGGUGGAACUUCAACGGCGAUUGAAAGCUCAAGGAGCUGGUGAGGUUUGGCAGUCACAAGGCUCCUACUCGAACAGAAGUAGAGGAAGUAGGAAUUUUGGGGAUAUAUCUGGAAAUUCAUCAGCUGAUUAUUUGCCCUUUGAAUUCAAGGCGUUAGAAGUUGCUCUUGAAGCUGCUUGUACAUUUCUGGAUACACAGGCAGCGGAAUUAGAAAUUGAAGCUUAUCCAUUGCUAGAUGAACUUACAUCAACAAUCAGUACUAUAAACUUGGAACGGGUUCGUAGACUGAAAAGCAGACUUGUUGCAGUGACUCGGAGAGUCCAGAAGGUAAGAGAUGAAAUCGAGCAGCUAAUGGACGAUGAUGGAGAUAUGGCUGAAAUGUACCUAACUGAGAAGAAAAGGAGGAUGGAGUCAUUUUCGUCAGGUGAACAAUCUAUGAUGGGAUACAGGUCAACUGAUGGUGUACAAUCUGUUUCUGCUCCAGUAUCUCCAGUUUCUUCACUUCCAGAUGGUUGGAAGCUUGAAAAAACUUUAAGCAUGGCGAGGAGUAGGCAUGAUAGUAUGAGGAGUUCCGAAAGUGCCAAGCAGAACAUCGAGGAGAUGGAGAUGCUGCUGGAGGCUUAUUUUGUUGUCAUCGACAGCACUCUUAAUAAGCUGACUUCGCUGAAGGAAUACAUUGAUGACACCGAAGAUUUGAUUAAUAUUCAACUGGACAAUGUGCGGAACCAACUUAUACAGUUUGAGUUGUUACUAACGACUGCUACAUUUGUGGUUGCGAUGUGUGGAGUCGUAGCCGGGAUAUUUGGCAUGAAUUUCCCGAUAACAUUGUUCGACAGUCCCUCGGCUUUUAAUUGGGUGUUGUUGAUCACAGGGGUUAUCGGAGCCAUCAUAUUCUGUUCCUUUUUGUGGUUUUUCAAGCGUAGAAGAGUCAUGCCGUUUUAGAAUAGAUGGUCGAUUCUACAAGAGUAUAAUAGCGUUAAUUACAUGAAAAAUAGGUGUUUGGUCACUAUAUUUUAGAAUCACAGGUAAAAGACGACUUUUAGUCCAGCGGUAUCUGGGAUCAACCUUUGAUCAUCAUCAAAGAUGAGGAGGGUGUGUGAGUCUAUUUAUUAUAUUUGUUGUAUAUAAAUACAAUAUACUUCAAAAGGAAAACAUUGAAGUAAAUGCCAUUGAUAACGAUUCCACUGGCUGGCGUUAA